ACCUGGUACAACUAUGAAAGGCGUACUCGCAGUUGUGCCAUCAAGUUAGUCCUCUUUGAAAUUUAUAUUUUCGGACCGGAUCGGCUGGUGAGAAAAUUCGUCCUGCCUUUUUUCCCUUCGACUGCGAAUUUUUCUAGCCAAAUUCGACAUUGAAACCCGAAAAUGAGCGGCGUGCUGUCCGUCGUCCAGAGGGCUUCAAUGAUGAAGGCCCUCAGCAGACCAUGGCUCGUUACUGCAAGCAGGAAUUUGCACUACACAAUUAAUGGUAGCAACAGAUCCCAGGCUAAAGUUUCAGACUCGGUUUCCCGUGAUUACCCAGUGGUGGAUCACACAUACGAUGCAGUCGUUGUUGGUGCUGGGGGUGCUGGCCUGAGAGCGGCCUUCGGACUGGUUGCUGAAGGUUUUAAAACCGCUGUCGUCACCAAACUUUUCCCCACACGCUCACACACGGUCGCUGCUCAGGGUGGAAUUAACGCCGCCCUCGGCAACAUGGAAGAGGACAACUGGCAGUGGCACAUGUACGACACAGUCAAGGGCUCCGAUUGGCUGGGGGACCAAGACGCCAUCCACUACAUGACCCGCGAGGCGCCCAAGGCCGUCAUUGAGUUGGAGAACUACGGCAUGCCCUUCAGCCGAACCAACGAGGGAAAAAUCUAUCAGCGCGCCUUUGGUGGUCAAUCUCUCAAGUUUGGCAAGGGUGGCCAAGCUCACAGGUGCUGUUGUGUUGCUGACCGAACAGGCCACUCGCUGCUUCACACACUUUAUGGGCAGUCGCUCAGCUACGAUUGCAAUUAUUUUGUUGAGUAUUUCGCAAUGGAUCUACUGAUGGAAGAUGGUGAAUGCCGAGGUGUGCUUGCACUCAAUAUGGAAGAUGGAUCUCUGCACAGGAUCAGAGCCAAAAACACCGUUUUGGCCACAGGAGGCUACGGCCGUGCUUACUUCUCAUGCACCUCCGCCCACACCUGCACUGGAGAUGGAACUGCCAUGGUUUCUAGGGCCGGACUCGCUAAUCAGGAUUUGGAGUUUGUGCAGUUCCAUCCUACUGGUAUUUAUGGUGCAGGAUGCUUGAUCACCGAGGGUUGCCGUGGUGAGGGCGGAUACCUUAUUAACUCGGAAGGUGAACGGUUCAUGGAGAGGUACGCGCCUGUCGCAAAGGAUCUUGCCAGCCGUGAUGUCGUCUCAAGGUCGAUGACGAUUGAAAUCAGAGAGGGCCGUGGCUGUGGACCCGAAAAGGAUCACGUUUACCUGCAGCUGCACCACUUGCCUCCUGAGCAGCUAGCCACCCGUCUGCCCGGCAUCUCAGAAACCGCGAUGAUUUUUGCUGGUGUUGACGUGACCCGAGAGCCAAUUCCCGUGCUGCCCACCGUGCACUACAACAUGGGAGGCAUUCCCACCAACUACAAGGGCCAGGUCCUGACCCACUCGAAUGGCCAAGAUAAAAUCGUGCCUGGCCUGUACGCAGCUGGCGAGUCUGGAUGCUCGUCGGUGCACGGAGCCAACCGGCUUGGUGCCAACUCACUCCUUGAUCUGGUUGUAUUUGGCAGAGCCUGCGCUCUUACCAUUGCUAGCGAGCAUAAACCUGGAGAGAAAAUUGGAGAACUCAGUGCGAAUGCUGGCGAAGAGUCUGUUGCGAAUCUGGACAAAAUUAGAUUUGCUGACGGUGACAUUCCGACUGCCCAAUUGAGACUUGAAAUGCAGAAGACCAUGCAGAAUCACGCUGCUGUCUUCAGGACUGGAUCUGUACUUCAAGAGGGAUGCGUCAAGAUGGACAAAAUUUAUGGAGACCUGAAACACCUUAAGGUUCACGACCGAAGCAUGGUGUGGAACUCUGAUCUAGUGGAGUCGUUGGAGCUGCAGAACUUGAUGCUUAAUGCGAUGCAGACCAUUUACGGAGCAGAAGCCAGGAAGGAGUCCAGAGGUGCACACGCCAGAGAAGACUUCAAAGACCGCGUUGACGAAUUAGAUUACGCCAAGCCCCUUGAAGGCCAGCAGAAGAAACCAGUUGAACAGCACUGGCGCAAACACACGCUUAGCAAAAUUAACCCUGACACUGGAAAGGUAUCGCUGUCCUAUAGGCCGGUCAUUGACGAAACUUUGGACCAGAAGGAGUGCUCAACAGUGCCUCCUGCAAUCCGGUCAUACUAAGAUCUAACAAUAGAAGUCCUGCAUUUGAAUUAGCCAGCAAGAAAAUGUAUAAUUUAUUAUAAUUGCUGUAUAUAAAAUACAAAGAAAUCAGUAAUUGUACGUGCAAUUGCUUGAUACAAUAAAUUGUUAAGAAACUAACAGUAAA